AUGACAGGUCCUAAAUACCGUUCCGAAGAGAUCCGCAAAGCAGGAUUUACGAAAAAACUUCGGUGCCAUGCAGAACCGCCCGAGGCCCCCCCGACUCUCUUCCUGGCAGCCACCGAACCUGGAAUGGGUAAUGGACGGGCGGCGAAAGCAGGUUUAACGCGGGCAGAGGCCGAGCCCAGCCUCCAUGGGCAUGCUUUGCCGGAGGACAAGAGGAAUGUGCUCAACUCCCUGCUGUCGGGAGCACUCGCUGGCGCAGUGGCCAAAACAGCCGUGGCUCCAUUAGACAGGACGAAAAUAAUGUUCCAAGUGUCGUCGACGAGGUUUUCCGCCAAGGAAGCGUACCGGCUGAUCUACCGCACCUACCUCAAUGAGGGCUUCUUCAGCCUGUGGCGCGGGAACUCCGCCACCAUGGUCCGGGUGAUCCCCUACGCCGCCAUCCAGUUCUGCGCGCACGAGGAGUACAAGCAGCUCUUGGGCAGCUACUACGGCUUCCAGGGAAAGGUCUUGAUGCCAUUGCCACGGUUCCUUGCCGGCUCCCUCGCGGGCAUAACGGCGGCCAUGUUGACGUACCCUCUGGACUUGGUCCGUGCGCGGAUGGCUGUGACACCCAAGGAGAUGUACGGCAACAUCAUCCACGUCUUCAUCCGGAUAUCCCGAGAGGAAGGGCUGAAGACGCUGUACAGGGGCUUCGCGCCGACCAUCUUGGGGGUCAUCCCAUAUGCCGGGCUGAGCUUCUUCACGUACGAGACACUGAAGAAAGUGCACGCGGAUCACAGUGGGAGAUCACAGCCUUACCCUGUGGAGCGGCUGGUUUUCGGGGCCUGCGCCGGCCUGAUCGGGCAGUCGGCCUCCUACCCGCUGGACGUGGUGCGCCGGCGGAUGCAGACGGCGGGCGUGACGGGGCACACUUACACGUCCAUUGUCCGCACCAUGACCGAGAUCGUCCGGGAGGAGGGACUCGUCCGAGGCUUGUACAAAGGCCUCAGCAUGAACUGGGUCAAGGGGCCCAUCGCCGUGGGGAUCAGCUUCACAACCUUCGACCUCACGCAGAUCCUCCUCCGCCGGUGGCAAGGCAGCAGCGUGAACGGGGAGAGGUAG